AAGGAGUGGCCGAACCUCUCAUCCACUGAUACCACUCUCAGCCAAUGAGCAGAAGAUGCCUAAUCACUGUCAAAUAACCGUCUUUGCCAUUGGCUUGGAGGUGGAACGGGACCCUAGGGAGCCACUCAAGCAUCACUCCGGGGAACGGUCCCGUGCUCCUGCUGUAGUAAUCAAGUCGAACGGAGCGCAGCGCGGCAAACUGCUACUUUCCUUCCACUAUGCGCGUCUCCGUGGAGCAAACGCACCGCUCUUAACGCCCGAUAUCUGCGGUGCGGAACGGUUCUUCUCUCUCUGCACUUGGCUACAGUUUUACUGUGCACCUAAAAGGGGUUCGACUCUCGUAUAUCUAGGUGGAUGAAUGUAUGAUUCUGCCACACAGUUUGUACUCAGCACAGUAACGUUUAAUGCAAUAUCUAUAGUUUCUUCAUGGCGUCUCAACAGCAGUCAAGAAUUCAGUCUUAUCUGGAGAAAAAUAAAAUUGGACCGUUGUUUGAGGAGAUGAUGGCCAGUCUGAUCAGCCAGACCCCGGACCACCCUGUCCCCUUUCUCAUCAGUCACCUGCAGACCAAGCCAGGCAGCCCCGGCAAGUUGCACAGAACGCUGGCGGGCUCCGCCGCUCUGUGGGCCCAGAGCGGUGCAGCAGAGAAUAAGGGAGAUCCUGACCUCAGGACGCAUGAGAGGCCCUGGCAGAUCCACCCUAACAAACCCACGAAAUCCAAGAGUGAUGUGGCUGUAUCUGACGUCUCCCCUCCUUCAGCAGAGUCUAAAUCCUUACCGCGAUCUAUAGAGCAGCCGUGGUGGGAACGGAGGGAGAGCAGAGACUUUGAUGAACUCAACCUCAUCCUGCAGGAGAGCAAGACGCUGGGCAAGGCUCUGGAGAACCUGUCACGUAGUAUCGCUGUUUCUGAUGAACUUGAUCAGAGCCUGGGAUGGUAUAACUCAGUGCUGCAGCCCAGGGUGGUGGGGGAGUGGGUGGGCAGGGAGGAGGAAGACCCCGACCCACUGGCAGCAGAGAUGCUCCAACCCCCAGUCCCCAGGACCAAGACUGAGGCUUGGGGGAGCGCUGAUAGCAGCCCUGCCGGAAGUGGGAAGAGUAAAGGGUUGAAGCAGCAGCAGCAGCACCACAAGAGGCUCCUGGCGGCCAUGUUGUCCCAAGAAUCCUUUGACUCCGCCCAUAGCUCCGCCCCCUCACUCACCGAGGAGGAGAUGGAGGACGACGACGACGUCAUGGAGCUGCUGGAGGACCUAGAUGACCUGCGAAUGGAGGGGGUAACAGGGCUGGCUCCGUCAGGCAGUAAGUUCAGCCAGGGUCGUAGUUCCUACUGCCCAGAACCCCAGGCCAAGGUCACACUCAACAUCUGCUCUAGGUGUGCAAGGCUGCAGGGGGACAGUCUGUCAGAUGCCAGUAGACCAGCAGAGGAGCACCAUGGUCCCCCCCAGCGUGGACCACAGCAUGUCCCCACUCACGAACCCCCCAAUCCCCUUCACCUCUUCCCAGAACAUACUGCCGUGAACAUGCCAGAUGGACAUGGACUCCCCCAUCGCCUACAAGCUGUGCCUGUCUCCUUUGAAGGUAUGGACAAGGCCCUGGUACGAGAUCAGGAAUGUGAAUCUGCAUCCCAGAUGUUUGUCCAACACCGUCAGUCAGUCUGGGAGGCUGAUGUGAAGGUGGUUAGAGGAGGAGGAGGAGGAGGAGGAGGAGGGGGCGGAGGGAGCUCAUCCAGGGAGCUCCUGGGACAGACGGGAGGACUGUUACUAAGUGACUCCCUCUUCUCCAAAGAACUGGAGAACAUGGGAAAACACCUCGCUGAGGUGGAGAAGGACCUGGCCAAGCUGGCAGAGCAGGGGAAACUAGCCCAGCGAAGUCCUAACAGCCCCCACAGCUCUCUUCUACUCACCCCCUUGUUCCACACUCUCCCGGCCACACUCCUCCCCAAUACCCUCCCCUUACCCGGCCAGACUUCCAGACCUCAGUCUCCCGUCCUCACCCGCUCAGCCAAGCCCAGCUCUAUAGGUUAUCCCCUGGUCAGUCCUAAACUCAGCCCCCUGCUCACCCGGAAGCCCACCUCCCUCACCAUGACCGGCAGCCACCGGACUCGUUCCCCCAGCAACCCCGGCAGCAGAACAACGACCCCCAGAACCCCCAGCAGCGGACCGAUGACCCCCAACAGCCUGCUGACCUACAAGUCGGGCAUGAUGGCCGUGACCCCAGGGGUCGGUGUUCACGGAGGUCACAGGGGUCAUAAGGAGGUGACCUUCAGGAAGUCACGGAGCAGGCCGGUGACCCCCACCAGUCAGCCAACCCGACCCAGGCCCCUGCUCACGCCUCCUGGGCUGAGUACAACAGAUAGUCUGGGCAAGGCCUCCAGCCUCAAGGCCUAUCUGUCAGAGGAUGAGUUCUACAAGCAGCUACAGGCUAUCAGACAGCCAUUGCACAUUCCCAUUGACACAGAGAGUGACAUCCUGGAACCACUUGAGCAGGACAAGUGUGGGGUACGGGAUGCCAAUAAAAGAUCAGUGUUCUCAGGUAAAAAUGUCAAAAGCAUGUUUCAAGUGUACCAGUCUGACCCAAUCAACCAGUCAUAAUCAACCAGUCAUAAUCAAACAGUCAUAAUCAACCAACAUCUCACUCAUCUUCUUGUCUAUAUACACAUUUUGAAAACUGUAACACAUUCACACUUUAUUCUUAAAGCAGAACAUAUUUUUCCGCUCAGAAUCACACCAACGUGGUCUUCCGGACCACCAAAGGCCUUAUACAUUACCAGGUAGUAGUCGUGGAUAUGAUAUAUUGCUCGGAUUAUAUUGCAUAGAUAAUAUUGUAUGGAUUAUAUUGUAUGGAUUAUAUUGUGUGGAUUAUAUUUGUAUGUAUAUUAUGCUAACAUGAUUAUGUGGAUCAAAAAGCCAUCCAAUAAGAAUCAACCAGCCUAGAGCUGGUAUAUAUUCAUUUUUAAAACAAUAACAUAUUUUCUACUUAACCCUUUAAAGUGUAACAGAAUUUACGCUCAAAAACAAAACAAUCUAGUCUUGCAAUGGCGUUAUUAACAGGUAACAGCAGCAAUGGAUUACAUAUAUUAUUAUAUGGGUCAACAAGCCAUCCAAUAGCACCAUAAUAUUAGCCAGUAUGUUUCUCAUUAGUAGUAUAUAUACCGAUCAACUUUGGGUUGAGACUCCUUUACCCCCAUUAGACAAACGGGAGACAUCUUUAUUUGACAUGUCUGUCCGCCAAUGACCUCACUCAGAGUCCCCGGCAACCACCGCAGUGUACAUUUGCCCCAGAAACCACCAAUGGGUGACUCAGAAGCCUCCACCUUCCUUUAUUGACCCACCAAUUAGCCGCUAGAUGGAAGACGUAGUGGCUUGGUAAUGCCGUUGGGGGACGUCAGUCAUUUUGGAGAGGGGGAGAAAGAGGGGUGGAAGAGGAAGGAGAGAAGAAAUGGGGAAAAGGGAGCCAGAAGCGUGAGGGAGAGAGAGAGAGAAUGUCAAAGAAAGAGGGAAGGAAGGAGAGAGACUGGAGGAAACAGAGAUGCAGGCACCUUCCACACAUCGUGUCAAGGCUUUACAGAGUUUAAAGAGGUUUAACACUGUGAAUCCUAUUGAACAUCUGUGGAAAGACUUGAAGAUUGCUGUUCACCCCCGCUCCCCAUCUAAUUUAACAGAUCUUGAGAAAAUCUGCAAGGAAGAAUGGGAGAGAAUCCCCAAAUCCAGAUGUGCAAAUCUGAUACAGGGUUUAACACUGCAGACAGCGUCAAGGCUUUACAUGGUAUAACACUGCAGACAGUGUCAAAGCUUUACAUGGUAUAACACACUGAAGCCCAUUGAAAAUAUGUGGAAAGACUAGAAGAUUGCUGUUCACAGCUGCUUCCCAUCUAACUUAGCAGACCUGAUAAAAUCUGCAAGGAAGAAUGAGAGAAAAUCCCCAAAUUCAGAUGACACAAAGCUGAUAGACGUACCCAAGAUGACACAAAGCUCUAUUCACAGCCAAAGGUGCUUCUACAAAGUAUUGCCUCAGUGGUGUGAAAACAUGUAUAAAUUAGAUAUUUAUGUAUUUUAAUGAUCAAUACAUUUGAAUAAAAAAAUCUAAAAACAGGUUUUCACUUCGUCAUUAUGGGGUAUUGUGUGUAGAUGGGUGAGAAUUUUUUAAAUAUUUAAUCCAUUUUAAAUUCAGGUUGUAACACAAAUUGUGGAAUAAGUCAAGGGGUAUGAAUACUUCCUGAAGGCACUGUAUAGUGGACUACUUUUGACCAGCGCCGUAUAGGGAAUAAAGUGCCAAUUGGGACGCGACCCAGAAAGUGUCUGAUUGGUUAGAGGAGGUUGUCUGCAGUUCUGCCUUAUUAUGGCUCUAGGUUGUCAACACGUUCUGCCCACAGUUCCCAGAGUCAGAGAGAGAGAGAGAGAUCGGGCCGGCGCUUUGGCUAUCUGAGAUGCCAUGAACUAACACUGCAAUGGUAACCAUGACAAACCACCAACAAUCCAAUGCUGUAACCAUGACACUCGACCCAAACCCUUAUGCUGUAAACAUGACACUCGACCCAAACCCCAAUGCUGGGUGCUGAUGUCACGGUUCCCCUAUCACUCAUCUCCCAGAAUUUAUAGCUUGAAAUAUCGGUCUCUGGAUGCCCCGCUCUCUCGGUCCAAACUCAACCAAUCAACCAGGCUCCAUUCUCAUUUUCCCCCUCAUGUUUAUGUUUGACAUGUUCAAAUAUUAAAGUCUGUUUUAUUGUAAUGGCUCAGGCUAUUAUUCCUUAUUAGCGGUUGUUGAAUUGCUUGCGUCUGAAUCUUGGUAUCUAAGGAGUCUGAUUUAGUGUUUUCAUCUGUGUGUGUGUGUGUGUGUGUGUUUUUUUUUUUUUU